AAAACCAAUUCUCAAGUUUUCACACAGUGUUGUCUGUCGGGUCUCUCUCUCUCUAGGGUCUCUGCUCAUCUAAUCUCAUCAUCUGUCACUUUCUGUGUUUUUUACGCAACAAGCAUAUCAAACCGAAGAAACCCACCACCAACUGUAAAAAAACCAAUCUGUUUUAGGGGCAUGCCAAGGUGUUGUUCAGGAGGAAGGGGAAGAUGAAGAGGGAAGCCAAGUCAAGUGAAAACGGAAAUAAUAGUGAUUAGAGGAAAAAAGGUGGAAAGAAAACCAAAGCUUACAAUAAAGAGAGUGAUAAAGAUAAUAAAGCUUUGGUCUGUGUCCAUAAAAGAGAGAAUUUUGCAAUGUCACAAGAAGCUGUAGAGAUAAAGACGACCAUUGAGCAGUGGAGAUGGUCAGAAAUGCAGGGUCUGGAGUUGGUGUCUCCCAAUACUGACGACUUUAAAAGCCACCCAACAGCAUCUAGAGUUUCAAAGUCGUCUGCAGAGGGGGGAGAGGCAAGAGAUAUGGAUGGCACUGAGCCCAAGAAUCAGCCUCAGCCUCAGCCUCAACCUCAAGCACAAGCUCAAGCUCAUGCUAGUGGCAGUGGGGAGAAGACUGAGCUUGUUCCUUCAUCUGGGUUUGGCGAGCUUUUUCGAUUCGCAGAUGGGUUGGAUUAUGUUCUGAUGACAAUUGGGUCUAUUGGAGCCAUCGUACAUGGAUCUUCUCUCCCAAUUUUCCUUCGUUUUUUCGCCGAUCUCGUCAAUUCCUUCGGGUCUAAUGCCAACAAUAUUGAUAAGAUGAUGCAAGAAGUUCUCAAGUAUGCAUUUUACUUCCUUGUUGUGGGUGCUGCAAUAUGGGCGUCUUCAUGGGCAGAGAUAUCGUGUUGGAUGUGGACCGGAGAGAGGCAAUCCACCAAGAUGAGGAUCAAGUACCUAGAAGCGGCUUUGAACCAGGACAUUCAGUUUUUUGACACCGAGGUUCGGACCUCCGACGUCGUUUUUGCCGUUAAUACCGAUGCAGUGAUGGUUCAAGAUGCCAUUAGCGAGAAGUUGGGUAAUUUCAUUCACUACAUGGCAACAUUUGUGUCUGGAUUUGUAGUGGGUUUCACUGCUGUGUGGCAAUUGGCACUUGUCACUCUUGCUGUGGUUCCUCUGAUUGCUGUAAUUGGCGGCAUCCACACCGCCACAUUGGCCAAGCUCUCUGCCAAGAGCCAGGAGGCUCUUUCAGAGGCGGGGAACAUUGCAGAACAGACGAUAGUUCAAAUUCGGGUUGUUUUCGCAUUUGUUGGAGAAUCCAGAGCAUUACAAGCCUACUCCGCAGCCUUGAGGAUCUCUCAGAGGCUUGGUUACAAGAGCGGAUUUUCCAAGGGAAUGGGAUUGGGUGCAACAUACUUCACUGUUUUCUGUUGUUAUGCUCUUCUGCUCUGGUAUGGGGGUUAUCUUGUUCGGCACCAUUACACCAAUGGAGGACUAGCCAUCGCCACCAUGUUCUCUGUCAUGCUUGGCGGACUCGCUCUGGGGCAGUCUGCACCGAGCAUGUCAGCCUUUGCCAAGGCAAAAGUUGCCGCUGCAAAAAUUUUCCGUAUAAUUGACCACAAGCCAAAUAUUGAGAGAAAUGGCGAAACGGGUCUGGAAUUGGAAUCAGUUACAGGACAAGUAGAGCUGAAAAAUGUAGAUUUCUCCUACCCAUCAAGGCCAGAGGUUCGGAUCCUCAGUGAUUUUUCCCUAAACGUCCCAGCCGGAAAGACCAUCGCCCUUGUAGGAAGCAGUGGCUCUGGAAAGAGCACUGUGGUCUCUCUCAUUGAGAGAUUCUAUGAUCCCACCUCAGGACAAGUUCUGCUAGAUGGGCAUGACAUAAAGACAUUAAAGCUGAGGUGGCUGAGGCAACAAAUUGGGCUAGUGAGCCAAGAGCCUGCUCUGUUUGCUACCACCAUUAAAGAAAAUAUGCUCUUGGGUAGGCCUGACGCAACCUUAGUUGAGAUUGAAGAAGCUGCCAGAGUUGCUAAUGCCUAUUCAUUCAUAGUGAAGCUUCCCGAAGGCUUUGACACUCAGGUAGGGGAGAGAGGAUUCCAGCUCUCAGGAGGGCAGAAGCAAAGAAUAGCUAUAGCAAGAGCAAUGCUUAAGAAUCCAGCAAUCCUGCUCUUAGAUGAGGCAACAAGCGCAUUGGACUCUGAGUCAGAAAAGCUAGUGCAAGAGGCCCUUGACCGUUUCAUGAUCGGGAGGACAACUCUUGUCAUUGCCCACCGACUCUCAACCAUUCGCAAGGCUGACCUUGUAGCUGUACUCCAGCAGGGGAGUGUCUCUGAGAUUGGAACCCAUGAUGAGCUCAUAGCCAAAGGAGAAAAUGGUGUAUAUGCAAAGCUCAUCAGAAUGCAGGAGACAGCGCAUGAAACCGCUCUGAGUAACGCCAGAAAGAGUAGUGCAAGGCCUUCUAGUGCUAGAAAUUCAGUAAGCUCACCAAUAAUUGCCAGGAACUCCUCCUAUGGUCGAUCACCUUAUUCACGCCGGCUAUCUGACUUCUCUACUUCUGAUUUUAGUCUUUCCCUUGAUGCAUCACAUCCCAAUUAUCGCCUGGAAAAGCUUGCCUUCAAGGAGCAAGCCAGUUCCUUCUGGCGCCUUGCAAAAAUGAACUCUCCAGAAUGGGUUUAUGCUUUAUUUGGUACUAUAGGCUCUGUUGUUUGUGGCUCCAUUAGCGCCUUCUUUGCCUAUGUUCUGAGUGCUGUCCUUAGCGUGUAUUACAAUCAGAACCAUGCUUACAUGAGCAAACAAAUUGGAAAGUAUUGCUAUCUGUUAAUUGGGGUUUCGUCGGCUGCGCUUCUCUUCAACACACUGCAACAUUUCUUUUGGGAUGUAGUGGGAGAAAAUCUUACAAAACGGGUGAGAGAGAAAAUGUUGGCAGCAGUGCUGAAGAAUGAAAUGGCAUGGUUUGAUCAGGAAGAGAAUGAGAGUGCUAGGAUUGCUGCUAGACUGGCUCUUGAUGCCAAUAAUGUUAGGUCAGCCAUUGGCGAUCGGAUUUCAGUGAUCAUGCAAAACUCAGCACUCAUGCUAGUUGCCUGCACUGCAGGGUUUGUUUUACAGUGGCGCCUUGCCCUUGUCCUCAUAGCCGUCUUCCCUGUUGUUGUUGCAGCCACUGUUUUGCAGAAAAUGUUCAUGCAAGGUUUCUCUGGAGAUCUAGAAGGUGCCCAUGCCAAGGCUACACAAUUAGCAGGAGAAGCCAUAGCCAAUGUGAGAACAGUUGCUGCAUUCAAUUCAGAAGCAAAAAUUGUGGGUCUUUUCUCCACCAACCUCCAAACCCCACUACGGCGCUGUUUUUGGAAGGGACAGAUAGCUGGAAGUGGAUAUGGGAUAGCCCAAUUCUUACUUUAUGCUUCCUAUGCUCUCGGUCUUUGGUAUGCCUCCUGGCUUGUGAAGCAUGGGAUCUCUGAUUUCUCAAAGACAAUCAGGGUUUUCAUGGUCCUCAUGGUCUCUGCCAAUGGUGCGGCUGAAACACUGACCCUGGCUCCCGACUUCAUCAAGGGUGGCCGAGCCAUGCGAUCAGUGUUUGACCUUCUUGACCGCAAAACUGAAAUUGAGCCCGAUGAUCCAGAUGCCAUUCCAGUUACCGAUCGUCUUCGGGGUGAAGUGGAACUCAAGCACGUAGACUUCUCUUAUCCCUCACGCCCUGAUGUGCCAGUUUUCCGUGACCUUUGUCUUCGUGCCCGAGCAGGCAAGACUCUUGCGCUUGUUGGUCCAAGUGGGUGUGGCAAGAGUUCAGUUAUUGCUCUUGUUCAGAGAUUCUAUGAGCCAACUUCUGGACGCGUGAUGAUUGAUGGGAAGGACAUUAGAAAAUACAAUCUCAAGUCAUUGCGAAGGCACAUAGCAAUAGUUCCCCAGGAGCCAUGCCUCUUUGCUACAACCAUUUAUGAAAACAUUGCUUAUGGACACGAGUCAGCAACUGAGGCUGAGAUAAUUGAAGCCGCCACCUUGGCUAAUGCCCACAAGUUCGUAUCUGCAUUGCCUGAUGGCUACAAAACAUUUGUAGGUGAAAGGGGGGUUCAACUGUCUGGAGGACAGAAGCAGCGAAUUGCAAUUGCUAGGGCUUUUCUAAGGAAGGCAGAACUUAUGCUGCUAGAUGAGGCAACGAGUGCUCUUGAUGCUGAGUCAGAAAGAUGCAUCCAGGAGGCUCUAGAGCGCGCUUGCUCGGGGAAGACCACCAUUGUGGUUGCUCACCGGUUAUCAACAAUAAGAAAUGCCCAUACCAUUGCUGUAAUUGAUGAUGGGAAAGUGGCGGAGCAAGGAUCCCAUUCACAUCUAUUGAAAAAUUAUCCUGAUGGGUGUUAUGCCCGAAUGAUACAGUUACAGAGGUUCACUCAUGGGCAGGCUGUGGGAAUGGCUUCAGGUUCAAGUUCUUCAACAAGACCCAGAGACGAAGAGGAGAGAGAAGGCUAGGAGGUGAAAGAAAAUACCAGUGAAGGAGUAUAACCCAUAUACCCCCUAUGCUUUUUUGAGUUCCCUUUUUCUGUUUUCUGUUUCGGUAUAGCAUAAUAUGUGUAUUAUCUAAUUUUACCAUAUAUGUUUACUACUAUCAUUGAUCUUGUUUCCUA